GCUCGGAACGGACGGAUAUCGCUGUGGCACUGCGGGGACGCUCUGAGGGGACUGGUGUCGGUGUGGCACUGGUGCACGCUGAAGGAGCCGGCGGAACCGGGUGGCCAUGGGGAUGUGGGCGUCGCUGGACGCGAUGUGGGAGAUGCCAGCUGAGAAGCGUAUCUUCGGGGCUGUGCUGCUCUUCUCCUGGACAGUGUAUCUUUGGGAGACCUUCCUAGCACAGCGGCAGAGACGGAUAUAUAAAACAACAACUCAUGUACCACCGGAGUUAGGACAGAUCAUGGAUUCAGAAACCUUUGAGAAAUCCCGACUGUAUCAGCUGGAUAAAAGUACUUUCAGCUUCUGGUCAGGACUCUAUUCAGAGAUUGAAGGCACUGUGAGUAAUUUACUUCUUGGAGAGACUAUCAAAUUGUUUAAUACUUUGUAA